AGAAAUUAUCCUUGCACUUGGGAAUUUUCAUGAUUUAGGAAUUAUUCAUCGAGAUUUUUAUAGUGGAAAUAUUCUAUGCGAAAAUGAAGACGAUAUUGUAUUAUGUGAUUUAGAAAUUAGUAAAUUGAUAACAGAAUUGUUAAUUAACUAUAAUAAGUAUUAUGGAGUUAUUCUUUAUAUUGCUCCAUAG